AUCAUAAUCAGUGCUAUAACUUACAACUCCAAGAUUUUGCUUUAAUGGAUCCAGAGGGAGAGCGAGAGGGAGCUGCGGCUAAACUCACCGAAUGGAAAAAGAGUAAAAUGCCUAAUUUGGUACAAAAAGUAAAAUCUGGUUUCCUUACAGAAUUAAGAAGGUUACAAACUGAAUAUGGGCCUACCCCCUGUGAAUAUAAUAAAACGGAAAGUGUAAAAAGCAGUGAAAUCACAAGUAUGGACAUUGACACUGACCUGAAAAUAAUGAUUAAAAACCCCAUUUCUCCCGUGCAAAGUCCGAAAAGAAAUGUUCUAAUAAAAAAUAUGGAUCUUGAAGAAAUAAGUGACGAGGAACUUGAUUUUGUUGAUACCGACGCUGAAAGUAAAACUCAAAAACAAACCAAAGAAACGAACAAACAUAAAAUGAACAAUAAUAUUGAAACAUCGGACACAUCAUCCUCAAGUUCAAGCUCAAGUUCAAGUGAUUCCUCUAGUGAAACAAGUUCUUCAGAGAGCUCGGUAGUGCCAAAGAAAAAGGUAACCAAUUCACGGAAAAGAAGGCGAUCGUGGAAAAGGUUUUGCACUUCCCUUAGUGACACUAGUUCGGAUAGCGAUAGUGAUAGUGACAGUGCACUUGUUGAAACAAAGAAAAAGAAAAAAGAAAAUAAAGAUAUGAACAAGAGACAAACAGAAGUAGAUAAGCAAAUAAGUGAAUCCAAACAAGAAGUUAAUAAGACACAAGUUGAAGUAUGUAAUGAACACAAAGAUUUAAACUUAGAUAAGACAGAGACAGUAAGAAAAGAGGAGUUAAAGGAUUGUGUUGAAGUUUGCCAAGAGAUAAAUAUGAGCAGGAAUAAGGUUGAAACUGAUAAAAGGAAAGUCAUUGAAAAGAUGUCUGUGAAUGAUACAACAAAAGUAAAAAGUGAGACAAAAGCAACUAACAUAAAAACUAAAUUGAAAAAUAAAAGUGUAAAAGGUAAGGAAUUGAAAGUUAACGUUGUUGAAAAAGUAAUAGGCAAAGAUGGGGAAAUAGGAAAUGAGAAAGGAACUGGUAAAUCAAAAGACAAAGAUAGUGUCGAUGUGAAAAGUGUUGAAAAAGUUAAAGACAAAAAUAGUGAUACAGUUAAAGAGAAAUGUGUUGAGAAGAAAAUUAAGGUUAAUGAAAUGGUAAGAGAAGAAAGGAGUAAAAGAGUUAGUAAUAAAGGUGAUGAGGGGAAUGAAAUGAAAGAUGGUCAUGUUGUUAACAGGAGAGAUGAAAGGAAAAAGGCUAAGAAGACGACAAAUGAAAAUUCAGUGAAAAAGUUCAAAUCAAGUGAAAAAGAAAUUAAUACAAAGACGAUAAACUUAAACCAAAAUAAUGAACAAAAUAAAGAUAAGAAGGAUAGCAACAUUAAAGGGAACGGUAAUGAAAGGUUUGACAUAACAGGUAAAAUUAGUAAACAAAACACAGUUGAAGAUGUUGGAGACAUAAAUAAUAAAGUGAUGAAAGAUAAGAAAGUUAACGAAAGUGAAACAAAUGAGAAUAAACAAACAAAACAAGCAAGCAAAGAAAUUGAUAAUAAUGACAAUAUGGUUAAAGAAGGAAAAGAUGGGAAAAGUGAGGAAACAAAUUUAGGAAAUGUUAAUCAUAUUGAAAGUGGUGCUGAUCAAGUGAAAAACAAUAACAGUGAAAAUAAGACAUUUAAUGAAAAUAAAGAAUGUGAAGAAGUUGUUCAAGGGGAGUGUCAAAAUGAAAUAAACAAUCAGGAACAGACCUCAGUGGGUUAUUGUAAUGUGAAUAUAAUACCAUUAAUGGAGGAGACCCAAAAAGAAAGAAUUAUACUAAAUAUUGGUGGGCAAAAGUUUGAAACCUCACGUGUUACAUUAACGAAAGAUCCAAAUUCAUUACUGGCAAAAAUCGUAAGUCCAGAGGGAAUGACCCCAAGAUACGGUAACCAGUAUUUUAUAGAUCGUGACCCUGCCCACUUUAGGUUUAUUCUUAACUUCCUUAGAAAUGGAUCAUGUGACCUAAGGACUCUCCCUCAUGAUGUGAGAUAUUUGUACGAACUAUAUUAUGAGGCGUCUUUCUAUUGUUUGCCGGAAUUAGUGAAUGCGGUUAUAGGAAAAAUCGAACAGUGUAGUGUCGUUUCUGCGAAUCUGGUGCCUUUAAAGGCCCAUAAACUGGGAUGAACCAAGUGACAAAUUAUGUGAAAUCAAAAUGUGUGUAUAAAAGUGAUGUGACUUUAAAUAAAAUAAAGAUAUACAUAGUGAAUAAGUUAAACUUAAAGUGUGUUUUGGAGAAAACUGUUGUGCUAAUUUAAUAUUCAGAGUGAUAAAGUGAAAAGAGACACUUAAAUGACACUAUCAUGAAUAUUUGUUGCUUUGUUGAUUUUAUGUCUUGUUUGUUUUAUUCUUAUGAUAUUUGACAUUUAAAUUAUCUAAAUAUAAAAUAUAUAGAUUUAUGAAACAUAAGGUUCUACGCUAUGCAUAAUUGUAAGUAUUCAUUGUUAUGUAUUAAGUUAUUUCUCAUUAUGCAAUGAAUAUGAUUAAGAAUCCAAAGACAAUCUUAAAAUGUAUGUUGCUAUGUUUACUACUUUAAUCAGGACUUACAGCAUUUCUUGUUACUUUUGUGAGUUAAAGUUAAUAUGUUUAAGAGUUCUGAUAUAGAUCUAUGUUUUAAUGUACAUUUUAACUGUGUAAAUGUUAUUGUCAUAUGAAAUAUUUAUAUUAUUUGAUCGGUAUCAUUAAGAUGUGCUUGUUACAUAAUUAGAGGAAAUGAUAUUUUGUUCUAAGAUUGUUUCUAUUGUUUAAAAAUUUUUCUACUUAUUAAUUAAAUUUUGGAGACCAAAACUUAAGUGGUUGGGGGCAAUGUAACGAACUGAUAUUCAGUGGUUCUUAUAAUCCCAAAUUGCCUUGAACCUUGUUUAUCAUUUCAUAUGUUCGUUACCCCACCCACUAUUUUUAUAAAGCAGAUUAUUAAAUGUGCUAAAUCAUCCUAUUGUUGAUAUUUGUUAAUUUUAGAUAAUAAAUCACAUUUUGUUGUCUAUCUAUGAUAUGUAUGUUCAUUUUCAGAUUAAUGUUUUACUGUGCACCGCGAUAUUUUAUCGGAGUAUUCAUGGAAAUUUUGUGUUCAAAAUCGGCAAUGUUGAGUCCUCUGUAAUAUGCUGAUUACUUCCACUAAACCGUAUUAAACUCUUAAAUAUUCAUAUAUACGGGAAAUAAAGUUGAAGAACUUACUGUUUGUGCAGCAAAUUGUGUUUAUAAAAGUAAAUAUUGCAUGAAAUCAUCAAAAGAAUGUGUAUUUUUAAUUUACUUCCGUGUUCAGAACCGCCAUUAGCUCGCGCCACUAAAUCUCGAGCAAUGACGUCACAGGUCAUAUAAAAGCGCAGCUGGCGCGAAAUUCAAGACAAUGUCGAACAUGGACGGCAUUCAUACGGUCACUCUGGGUUAAAUAAAAAUAUACCAACGGGUAUAUACCAAUUUAUAAAAAAUGUGCGAUGAAGAGGUAAAGUUAUACCAACCAAGUUUUAUUAAAUAAAGUGUUUCCCUUGUCUCCAUCUCCUGUGUAUUUUAAUCGCGCGAUACCAAAUACCAACUGGUAUCGAAUACCAAUACGCGGUUGUGCUAUAAUAUUUGUUGGUAUAUUUGUGAAAUAUUUAUGAAUUAUUAAAACAAAGUGUGUAUGGUAUAUACCAACAUAUAUAGAGUCUAUAUGAAUUAUAUUAAAUUAUAUUAAGAACAUAUUUGUGAAUAUUUGAUAGAAUACCAAUAUUGGUAUAAUUUUAUCUGGUAUCGAUACCAGUUGAUGCCAACAGAGGUUUUACUUGGAUUUUGUGUGCUAGCUCCACCUAAAACUUAAAUUCGUAGUGGUGAUGAUGCAAAUCUUUAUACAUGUAUUUUAAAUAAUCCGAUAAUUAAUUUGAACGUCAGUGUUAUAAUUAUAAACAUUAAUACCAAAUACCAAUUGGUAUAAUUUGGUAGCGAACACGUUAUCGAGUCAAAGAUGAUUGAUAAACGGCAAUAAUAUACAUUUGAUGAUAUUGGCAUCGUGAUACCCGAAUAGUGUUAAUAAUAACGGAAAAGUGAUUAGUGUUACGUGUAUAUUCUCUAAAUAAAGAUUAUUUAUUAAAGUGCGUAAUUUAGUGAUUUCGCGAGUGUAGUGAAAUUGUGAACAUUAUUAUUAGUGAAUUUUAUUUCUUAAAACCGUGGUGCACAGUAUAUAACGUUUUGCAUUGUGAAUUGGUAUUAUUGAUGCAGAUUAAAUAACGUUAUAAUAUAUUUAUUGUUACUGUAUUUAUGUCUGAUUGAUGAAUGUUGUUAUAUGUGACUAUUUUAUGUAACCGUUAAUAAAGUUAUAGUUUAAAUCUUAAAUUGCCUCCGUUAUUUUAUUCUUUAAUCAUUCUCUAUUAUUUUCGCCACAAGCCGGGCCCAGGCGAACUCACGUAACACCCCUUUUAGAGUUAACAGGCCAACGCUCGAAGAAGGGGUUCGUUACAC